AUGGUGACAGUCGAGACAAUCAUCUUUAUGUCGGCUCAGUCCCUUCUUUCAUUUCUGGCUCUGGUUCAGAAUAUUUACAUUCUUGUUGUCAACUGUAUAGAUGGUCGAGCAAAGGGAAAUGUGAAGCCAACAGAUUUGCUCAUGGUGGGAAUUUCAGCCUGCAAUGUCUUAAGCGAGCUCUUAAAGUUUCCCUGGAGCAUAGUGUACAAGUUGGAGUUGUGUGACAUUGUUGGCAUGGUUUUUCACAAGGUGGUAGUGUUUUUUGGGAUGUCUAUGAGUACUUUUAACUUCUGGCUUACAGCUUGGCUUUGCUUGGUUUAUUUUGUUAAGAUUGUGCACAAAACCAAUGGCCCUAUCCAUUGGUUACGAAAACACUUACCUAGUCGGGUUCCUCAGCUGAUCAUUGGAUCAUUAAUUUUGAAUGCAGCACUCGGUGUUACCAUGGAGGUUGACACCAGAGUCAAAGUACUGGAUAAUGUCACAAUGAAUGACACAACACUUUGCAAUAAAUAUGUUUUACCAGCUGGCAGAGUAUGCACCAUUAUCUAUGCUGUGUUUGGUUGUUUUUUGCCGUUCCUGUUGAUGGUGACAUCCAGCGUGUCAUUAGUGAAGUCCCUUUGCCAACAUGCACAUCGUAUGGAACACAAGAGCUCUGAGUCAGGCACUGGUAACUCCAGUAAACACAUCCGUGUGGCCAGGGCGAUUCUAAUUCACACCUUCCUCUUCAGUAGUGGUGUAAUAAUGAUGAUUGUUUUAAUCUUUGUCUCUUCGGAAGGGAAUUGGCUUGUAAUGCUGAUUUUCGGUUCUUCCAUCUACGCAGGAAGCAGCGCCCUGCUCCUUAUCAUUACCACCACUAAACUGAAGAAACGCUGCAUCGAACAUCACUGCUGUUGUUGCAUGUCACAGCCUGACUCAUGA